GAAUCGCCUCGAAGGAAAUGCACCAUUCUGGCCUCUCAUUGGUCCAAAGUUCCCCGCGAAAAUAACGUCACCCGCAGUUUCGCGCCAGAUCUGCAGUGUUCGGACGUACAUACAAGAAGAGAUAUUGAGGCAACAAUGUCUUCCCCAACAUCGACUCCUGGAGGCCGCAAACGUGGAAGGAACACGAACCCAGCCACACCCAGCAGUGAUGGCCCCACUUCGCCCCCUUCUCAGAGGCGCAGAGGUCAGGAUUCCUCCACUGGCGAACUGAUGCCGAUGCCCACCUCCCCGGCCACUGACAUGCUCAGUCCUUCAGCACCUCAGGACACUUCUCUGUUCUCUAGCCCUCGACCAUCAGUCCAACCUAAUGAAGUGGACAUGAGCUCUCCUCUGAUGUAUGGGACCCCCAGCUCCAGGGUCGAAGGGACCCCCCGCAGUGGAGUGCGUGGCACCCCAGCAAGACAGCGCCCUGAUCUGGGGUCAGUCAGGAAGGCUCCUCAAGUCGAUCUUCACUCUGAGCCGCCAAGUGCUGAUGGUGCAGUAGCCAGCGAAACAAACGCAGGCCAGAGACUGGUGAUCUGGGGGACUGAUGUCAAUGUAGGGACCUGCAAGGAAAAGUUUCAGAGAUUCCUGCAGAGGUUCAUUGACCCGACCUCCACUGAAGAUGAGAACGCUGGUCUGGACCUGAACGAGUCGCUGUACAUGCAGAAGCUGGAAGAGAUCAGUGUUGUUGGUGACCCAGUGCUGAAUGUGAAUUGCCAGCAUGUGCAGUCCUUUGAUGCAGAACUUUACAGGCAGCUCAUCUGCUACCCACAGGAAGUCAUCCCCACCUUCGACAUGGCAGUCAAUGAGCUUUUCUUUGAGCGUUUCCCAGACUCUAUUCUGGAGUACCAGAUCCAAGUCCGCCCCUACAACGCCCUGAAAACCAGAAACAUGCGGAGCCUGAACCCAGAAGACAUCGAUCAGCUGAUCACUAUCAGUGGCAUGGUGAUCCGCACCUCACAGCUCAUACCGGAGAUGCAGGAGGCUUUCUUCCAGUGCCAGGUGUGCGCCUACAGCACCCGAGUGGAGGUGGAUCGCGGGCGCAUCGCUGAGCCGGCUGUGUGUCGCCAUUGCAACACCACCCACAGCCUGGCGCUCGUUCACAAUCGCUCAGUCUUUUCAGACAAACAGAUGAUCAAAAUCCAGGAGUCUCCUGAAGACAUGCCGGCUGGUCAGACACCUCACACAACUAUUGUCUAUGCUCAUAAUGACCUGGUUGAUAAAGUGCAGCCAGGAGACAGAAUAAACAUCACGGGAAUCUACAGAGCAGUCCCCAUGCGCGUGAACCCCCGCCAGAGCAACGUCAAGUCCGUGUACAAGACUCACAUAGACGCCAUCCACUUCCGCAAGACGGACGAGAAGCGUCUCCACGGUUUGGACGAGGACGCAGAGCAGAAGCUGUUCACAGAAGACAGAGUGCAGACCCUGAAAGAGCUGGCAGCCAAGCCAGACGUCUACGAACGCCUCUCCUCUGCCCUCGCACCCAGUAUCUAUGAGCAUGAGGACAUCAAAAAGGGCAUCUUGCUGCAGCUGUUUGGCGGCACCCGUAAGGACUUCAGUCAGACCGGCCGGGGUAACUUCCGCGCAGAGGUGAACAUCCUGCUCUGCGGCGACCCCGGUACCAGUAAGUCCCAGCUGCUGCAGUACGUUUACAACCUGGUGCCCCGCGGCCAGUAUACAUCAGGUAAGGGCUCCAGCGCUGUGGGUCUCACCGCCUACGUGAUGAAGGACCCGGAGACCAGGCAGCUGGUCCUGCAGACUGGAGCUCUGGUGCUGAGCGACAACGGCAUCUGCUGCAUCGACGAGUUUGACAAGAUGAGUGACAACACGCGCUCUGUGCUGCACGAGGUCAUGGAGCAACAGACCCUCUCCAUCGCCAAGGCUGGAAUUAUUUGCCAGCUGAAUGCCCGCACUGCUGUGUUGGCCGCCGCCAACCCUGUUGAAUCUCAGUGGAACCCCAAGAAGACCACCAUUGAGAACAUCCAGCUGCCUCACACACUGCUGUCCAGAUUCGAUCUAAUUUUCCUGAUGCUGGAUCCCCAAGACGAGGCUUACGACCGCAGGCUGGCCCACCACCUGGUGUCGCUGUACUACCAGACCGAGGAGCAGAUAGAGGAGGAGUUCCUCGACAUGGCUGUGUUGAAGGACUAUAUUGCAUACGCACGAACGUACAUUAAUCCAAGACUGAGUGAGGAGGCCAGCCAGGCCCUCAUUGAGGCCUACGUGGACAUGAGGAAGAUAGGCAGCGGUCGAGGCAUGGUGUCCGCCUACCCCAGACAGCUGGAGUCCCUGAUCCGCUUGGCAGAGGCCCACGCUAAAGUUCGCUUCUCUGAGAAGGUGGAGACCAUCGACGUUGAGGAGGCCAAGCGGCUUCACCGCGAGGCCCUCAAACAGUCAGCAACAGACCCCAGGACAGGAUUUGUUGACAUCUCUAUUCUCACAACAGGUAUGAGCGCCACCGCCCGCAAGCGUAAGGAGGAGGUCGCCCAAGCCCUAAAGAAACUGAUCCAAGCCAAGGGAAAGACGCCUGCCAUGAAAUACCAGCAGCUGCUCGAUGACCUCAGAGGACAGUCUGAAACUGCAAUCACUAAGGAGCUGUUUGAUGAGGCGCUCCGAGCCCUGGCUGAUGAGGAUUACUUGACAGUUACUGGAAAGACCGUUCGUCUCCUUGCCUGAGUCACACCCUGCAAUUAUGUACAGUCCUUAAUUUUAAAUCCUGUGCUGUGUUGACUUCUUUUCUUGUGCUGUAAAAUAUAAAAAAAAGUUUGUAUAAUUGAACUACCAUAUGUUUUCUGGGUGUAUUAGAUGUUUGAGCAUCCUGGAUUUUUUUUUUGGAUGGAAACAUGAUUCAGAGAUACCAGAUGACUCAUUCAAACUUCAGUGUGUCCUGUUGUGAUUAAGAAAAACAAAACAAAACAAAAAAACAAGGAAACAGGACAUGUACUGGCAAUUAAUAGAGCUAAUAUUUAGUUUUCAAGUAAUGCACUUGAUUUUUGUGCUCUGGUGGUUAAAAAGCUCUUUUCUUUCAACUUGUACAUUGUUAUCACCAAGCUUCUCUUUUGUUUUUGAGAUGUGUUGAAACAUACAGUAUGUUCAUUUUGUAUCAGAUUUCUAAAUACUCUUUAAAAUUGAGAACUCUGACUAUUACCAUAGUCGACUUGUCCUUGUAGCUUGUAUUGUCUGCUUGUUAAUAGAGAGAAAAUAAAAUGUUGCUCACUCAAGGUAUUUGGAAAGCUUUUAUUU